AUGAGAUUAAAGGGUUAUUCGGAAGAAGAUGUUCGGAAAGCUAGGAAAUUGAUUUCCAGCUUUAUCAGAGUGGCCGAAGAAGUGGAAGAGGAAAUAUCAGAAACUCUCAAACUGUUGAAAUUUCCUACUUCAGCUCAGAAAAUUGAGGAAGCUACUGAGAAAGGAAAAUUGACUGAACUUGUUUUGAUGGUCAUAUGGAAUGGUCUUGACCUCGCUCGACGCGAUGAAGAAAAGGAUGUUAUUAGAAGUCUUGAUUUGUUAUAUAGAAGGGUUGAGGCUGAGAUUUUGAAACGGGAGGCUACUCCUGCCAUGAGAUUGCUCAAUGAUCUUUUGAAUAUACAUGAUGGGUAUGAUGGUGAAGGAUGGUUGAAGGAAUGCAAAAAGCGCAUGGUUGAUACGUUUCCAUGA